AUGGAUGAUAGCUCAGCAAAUUUGGAAAUAUCAUCGGAGCCAAUACAACAACAACUUUCAAAAAAUCAGAAACGUCGGUUGAGUAAACAGCGUCAACGAGUCGAGAGUGCCACCAUAGCACCAACAGUCGUUGAAUCGAAUAUCUCAGCUAAAUCAAAAAUCUCACCUGAAACCACAGAAACACUAACAAUAUUGGCAGCGUCUAAUGUAUUAUCGGCGUCAACGACACUAUCACUCACAUCUGCGACAGCAAUUGAGAGAGCAGCAGCGACUUUGAAUUUCGAUCGCCUGACAACGAAACCUCGAUCAUCGGUAACUGUAGUAGAAGGACAAAGAAUGGCUUCUAACGAUGAAUAUUUUCUUGUCUGCCCAGAAGGUGAAUUAUGUCUUCUUGACACACAAGGAAACAAACAUCGAAGUCUUAAACGUACCUUCAAUGUCUCUGAUAUCUGUUGGUCUGCCUAUUUGAAACAAUUUCUCAUUUUAAGCGACGAACAUCUUUAUUCCUUUGACAUGACAAGAGAAACUGCAUUGAUGAUAGAAAUCUCACAAUUCGCUCGCUAUAUGGAUGAAUGCACGUGCUACGAUAAUAUAUUCAUGGUCGUCAGCGACUUUGGAGGCUCAAUAAUAGAGAUGUGGGAUAUGACAAAGAACUGGCAAUCAAUUAAACGCUACAAACCACCGAUAUCUCGUAAAGAAGGUCAAGGAAUUUGUAGUAUUCGAUUUAGCAGUAGUGGUGCGCAUUUGGGAGUAACGUUAACAGAACCUCGUAUUGUAAAAGCUUAUUUUCAAAUACGUAAUUGGCAAGAUAUGAUAGUGUUACAUACAGUUGAACAGCCGUUUUAUGAAGGAUACUGUAAUCACUAUAUGCUCGCUCUUCCGAAUGACGAGUUUUUAGUUUACAAAUAUUCUCAGAAAAAGCUUUCAUUUUUUCAUUCAAAUGGACAACAGAAACAAACGAUUCAGUAUGCUAAAGGAGUAUGCUCAGUAUCAUUGGUACCGAAUGACAAAAACUGUUUAGCUAUUCAAACCAGUCGACCUGAUCAACUUCAUUUUUAUGAUUUAUAA